AUCAAAUUUUCAAAGUGGAACUUUCGUACAUUUGAAACGUACUUUCGAAAUACACAGAUAGUUUCAUUAAUAAGCUAUCUCAUGUCUUCUCACGUAAUCAGAGAAGGUCAUGUUUGUUCCUAUGAUCGAGCAAUAACAACAAAUGACACAGUAAGUUAUCAACGUUGUGAAUUAAACAGCUCAUCCACAAAUGAAAUAUUAAACCAAGAGACUAUGAAUCGUGAAAAACAGGAAGUGGUAGGUUCACCAGACGUUAAAUUUUUGGCACGUUCACUAGUAAAUGACGUUACUCAAGAUGCAUUCAAAGCGGAACUUAGGAAAGACAAUGAAAUACUUCACUUAAGCAAUGAUCAGAAUAACAUUGAAUUAAAUUUAGCAGAAGAUGAAACAUAUGACUCUGAUGACUCUAAUGCAUAUGUGAGAAGACGUGUGGCAGAACUUAACUUGGAAUUAUCGAAGGAAAAAGAAUAUUUUGCUGAUAACUAUGAAAAAAAGACAGGACGUGUCAAUUUUCAUCCACAACUUUUUUAUUCACGGAUAAUAAGCCAGAAUAGUUGUGAAGAUUUAAAUGAUUUCAGCGAAGACGAAAUAAACGAGUUGAAGAAUUUAAGUCAUAAUGAAGAUGAUACAAUGAAUAAGUCAAUUAUGAACGCAAAUCCAAGAUAUUCCCAACAGCGGACGUCCGUUAUACCAGGACCUGUUAAUAUCAGUGAGAAUAACUUAGGUGGAUAUGAGUCUCUCAUCUCAAAAGAAAGUAAUGUAGAGGAGGCCGACAAAAAUUUGAUUGACAGUAAGUUAUCUAUGAAAGGUUUGAAGAUUAAAAGUUCUCUCUGAUGGAAUUGAAGUUAAAUAGACUCAGUAAGACUAAAAUCAGGCUCAAUUAGUUGUUUUAAUCAUUUGAACAAGUUGAUAAUACAUUAUAUGAAGUUAAAAGUCAGUUUUAGUGGUCAUAUGGUCACUGCAAACAAAUAUUGUGAAUAGACUAUUAAGUUAGGGACUAAUAUUUGAUGAAACCAGUAAAGCAAUAGGAUUUUAGUUUGUUCGUCACUUUUUGAUUCAAAGUGUAUGGAAUAAAUCGUCCAUAUAGGUUACAAACUAACUCAAACAAGUAAGCUGUAUGAUGUGUUCUACCACAGCUUAUUCCAACUAGUUCUUUACAUUAUGUAUGAACGGUCACAGAAUAGUCACUUGAAGAGCCAUGCUAAUUCGUAGUCACUGUUAUUUAUUAUUAACUAAAUAGGGAUUUGUUUUUGUUGGUCCAUAGUAUGAUUUAAAUUACUAAAUAAAAGUGUCAGAUAAAAAGGCUUAAAUUUAACGGUGCGAGUGUGCCACUUAUAUUGACAUAAGGAGUAUAUGAUGUUAGUCGUGAACAGAAGUUCUGGCAGCAGAGAGACAAGAGGAUCGAAGAGUAAAGAAUGGAAACAAAAUGCAAUUUGUAUGAAACUGCAAGAACAAUGAAGUCUGAGUCAUUUUGAGACAAUCUAUGGACAUUUUGCAAAUUAAGCAUUUACUUGAUGAUUGUUAGAUUUUAUUAACAAGUCCUGUAAUUUUGUGUUAAAUACAUUCGAUUGUUCCCCACUGGUUUGGGUUCACUAUACGAGAACCUUAAUCACUUAUUAAAGAAUAUGUGUAACUGACUACUUUUAGUCAGAACUAUAAUUAAGGAUUUUAUUUCUGCUUUUUUUACAACUUAUUUAUAAACUCAAGUUAAUUUUGAGAAGGAUUUAUGGGUAGCUGGAGUAUUCUGAUGGAUAAAACAAGUUGAAACAAAUAUAUAUAUUGGUUUAUCCGGCUUCAGCAAAAUAAUUUCAACUUUCACGAAAUUUUUGUUGUUCAGAUAAAAUCUAUAAAUGCGAAAGAAAACUGAUAAGCGUUCGCCACUCCAUUCAUUCUUUGGUUUAACGAAUAGUUUGCUGGACUGUUUUGCUAAUUGUAUAGUUUAUACAAAUGUUACACAUACAGAUGAAGUAACAAGGACGAAGAAGUACCGAAAAACUCCAAUCAACGAGCGAGAUAACAAUAUUACUAAAAUAAUAACUAAGCAUAACAAUAAUGAUAAGCCGUUAACCGAGAAAGCGAAGGAAAAUUCUAUCCAAAUUGCAGAUAAAAAAUCACGUGAACAGAAAUUAUCAAACUGGUUAAGAGCUAAAGUUUUACAAAGAAAAAGUGAAGAGGAAAUGAGACGAUAUGAAAAUGAAGAACAACAACAUCUGAAUGUUGUGCAUUCCAGAGAGGCAUGUGAGCAGGCAUUUAAACAGUGGCUGAAGAGAAAAAAUCGUGAGGCGAAAGAACAAAAACGGAGGGCGAAAGAGCGGAUGAAAAUCACACGACAGUUAAUGAGAGGUAAUCAUGAUUGGCAACAGUUCAUGAAAAACAUCCGAAAAUUCGACGUAUUUAAGAUCCUACUUUGAGCAAAAAUAUUUAAUCCAUUACGUGUUGCACAAUGCAUGUGGUUUCGACAAGUCGAAGCAGAAAUCAUUUUCACGUUCAUUUUUACUCAGUACGCGUUCGAAAUGUUGAAAAUUAGGGUGAGAGUAUUCGAUAUGUUUUAUUGUAACACAAAAUAUGAAGUACUUACUUAUUAAUAGACUCGUCUUAUUCCAAUGUUUACCAAAAAUGUUGAAUGUAAUAUCUUCUAUAUAUGUAAGCCCAGUUGACGUAGCAAGCUAAAACGAUCAUUCAGGGAAGCCCUAUCUACUGCAAUAACUUGACUGCAUUGCCCUCACAAUGCUAGAGUGUAACAUUUAUCUGACCGUCGAAACCGACUGACAGAUCAUCAAGUAGGAUUUUACACAAAUGUGUAGUUAUCAUAUUUAACAUACCAAACGUCUCAAUAAGAUGAAAUUAAUGAUUGAUUAGUAGAAAAUGGGAAUCAGAUGCAGUAGAGAGCUCGAAAUGGAAAACACAAAAAUGAACAAAUAAGGUCGAAUAAUCCAAAAUACAAUGACCACAAUCGGUGUAAUGUGAGGGGAUGGAAGCACAGCUUUAUAUCCAAACUUAGGGUUCGCCAAAGCUGAAAAUAGAAGUACCAUAGGAAAGGUCAGGGACUCGAGAUAGCCUUGAUAACUACCAUUAUCCGUCCAGGCGAUGGGGAGGUGAAAGCCAGAUUGGAGAAUAUUUCAACCAUACAGAUUGUGAUUCUGAAGACUUCAAUUAUCAGUUUGGGUGCUUGCCCAUAGAGAAAUCAUUUCUAGGAUCAGAGGGUGUCGGGUGACUACUGGUCAAAUGAAAUGGACAAUCUUAGGAAGUAUUACGCAGUUUAUAACUAAUUUUGGUUAGUAUCACUACCCAUCUGACGUCUCUGGCAUACUUUGCUGGACAAAGACUGGUGCAUUGACUUUCAUAUGUGAUGCUGUGCAAACCAUGUAUGACUAUGAAUUGUGACAAAAUCACUUUGGGUUUAACUAACAAAUGUCUAGAACAAGUUAGUGUAAACCUCUUAGUGGCACUCACUCUUGCAACCAUAUUAUACCAAACUAACCUAGAUACGAAGAUAGACGUUACUUCGUCGGAAAGUUUUAGAACUUACAGAAAGCGGUUAGAGAAAUCCUGCGAACAUGCUAGGUAUAAGUUACCCCUAAAGUAUUGACUCGGGCACAUGGUAUAAAACAAGUGUUCAAAUUACAAGUACAGUUCAUCAGUUGACUGAUCACUGCACAGUGACCAAUAUCAGGUUAAUCUAAUUUUUCAGUACUGAUAAGAUUUUAUCGAUAAAGUUGCAAUACAGUCAUUAGUUUGAGUGACCACACAUUGCGUGUCCUGUAUUGAAAUGACUGGUGAUUUGAGGUACUUAGAAAGAAAUCCAGGAUCUCCGUUUCGUGCUAGUAGGCACUAGUUAUUACCUCCAAUCUUGAGGGGACUGGUGAUCCCUUUGGGUUUCCUCCCGAAUACCCUUAACCACUUAAUAUCUCAGCAUAGUACAUGCGAAGUCGACAUGUUCAAACUAAUGGUCGUAUUGUAACUUAAUCGAUAGAAUCCGAUCAGCAGCAAAAGACUAAACCAACUUGGCAUUUAUCACUUCAUAGUGGUCAAUCAAUUGUGGAUAUGUCUUAUAGGUUGGUCCCCCUCGAUCUGUUCUCAACUAAUGACAGUUUCACUAUACGUCUUUAGUAUGAAACUCACUCGGGAUAAUUAUGUAUAAUGAUAGAAAAGUGUUAUCUAGUUGCCCACAAAUUUCAUAGUGACCAGUGCUGAAAUUCAAUUCAAUAUACAAUGAGUUUUAACUCUCAAUCGACUGAAAUUUCAUGCAAUAAACUUUAGGUUAGAUAAGUUUCUAACUGGUGUCAAUGGAAGCAGAAAUCCCGUGCAGAAGACUGAAAAAAUGAAGAACUUUUAAUACAAUUUCCAUUUCUUUUUUAAUACAUGGGAUGUACACACUUAACAGGGAGACGUAAUUAUCUUUUGAAACGUGUAAGAAUAAGAUCAAUCCAACUAUGACAUCCUAAUGGAGCAAGAAGUUUGUAAAACUCAUCUAAAACAUAAGAAGAAAUUAGAAAUACAUCAUGCGGAUACGAUAAACUAGUUUACAAAAGCUGCACAAUCAACAUAAAAUUAGCAUACAUACAGGUUAGAUAGUGAAAGUUAAUGACAUCCCUGAAAGCCUAAAGAUUUUCUCCACAACUAUGUAACUAGGUCACAUUCUAUCGUUAUGGCUUACUAUCAAAACCUAGCAGGGAAAACGUUUCGAUCUGUCAGUAUGAAAAAAAACUAGUUCGUCUUUUUAACGAAGAUAAAAAAACUUGCAAAGAUAAAGGUCUAAACAAUAGAUACAGUCUUUUGAAUCAAAGGAACAAGACAUCAUUCUCGUGAAAUCGUAUGUGCAUAAUAAAAAGACAAAUAUAAGCAAUGACUGGAAGAAAAAGACUUGAAUUCCUUAGUUUGAUUAAAUCCUAAAACUUGGUAAUAUGAAAUUCCUAAAAUUUAAAAUCCACAGAAUAGAUGGAAUGUGGCCAACAAUGGAAUCAAAGACGCGCGUUUCUUCCCGCCUAAUCAAAUUCCACUUAUUGCAUAAGACACCAACUGCGUCGAGACAAUCAGCGAAGGAUCCACAUAUGGCAGCCAAUACUGGUCAGAAUCCAUCACACAUGAAAUUUAGAUUGUAUCUUCGAAUAACGUGAGAUGAUUUUAAAAGGUGAAUUUUUCAGAGAAAGGCGUAGGUUUGUGAUUGGAAUUUUGUGCAAACAUGCAUUCUAGUCUAUGUAUAGAAUUAAAAAGUACUUUUAGUGACACAGUAUGUUGUUGGUACCUUUUCAAUUUGUAUUUCAUAAAUAUUAUUUGUGAAUGUAUCACAGACAAGCAACAUGAGAGUGACGAUUCUUUGACACUAUCUGGAGUAAGCAACUUCUACUUGUAAGCGCUAACUAGGCGUUUCUAUAUGAAAGUACAUAUGUAGCAUGCGAUGUUUUCUACAAGAAAACAGUCUAUGACCGUAUCAUUUAGUCAUCGUUGAUAUGCAGGCCUUAAUGACUAGUAUGAUUAAAAAAUUAAGAUGCGGAUGGACGACACUCUGAUCAGCAAUCAAUCGAAAAUACGUUCACAUGAAAAUUUUUGAACUAGUAAGCAAAUAAAUACACGUUACGCAGGUUUUAUUGAUUAGUAUGUUUUUUCUAGCAUAUGUUAAGCAUAAACGAUACGUAUGAUUUAUUAUAGGAUUUAUUUAUGCAAUUGUUUGAAUAGUUACGUUUUCUCACUUAAAGCUCAGCUAGAUAUUUGCAACCAAGCCAAAUCUAGUUGGCCCACUUUUCCUAAUCAUUAACUUUUAGUCAGUACAACGAAACAUAAUCAGUUAUGUAAAAGUUGCAGAUAGUAAAUGUCUUCGUAAUUAUCUACUAUGUAUGAUAAAAGUAUAAUAUAAUAUAACAAUACGGUGAACGCAAUUUUUCUCGUUAUCAAGUUUAAUCAAGAUUAACACUUUAAACAGAUAUCUCUAGAUCGAUAACCGAAAUAAGUUCUAUAAGCAAAGAUGGACGGUGUUUAGCCAUGGAAUCCAGGACGCGUGUUUCGUCCUAUUUGGGACUCGUAAGUUAAAUAUAUCCGCAUUCCAGAGUUGAUGUUCACUCCGGGACAAGUCCCAAAUAGGACGAAACGUGAGUCCUAGAUUCCAUUGCCAGUCACCAUCUUAUUUCCGUCUAUAAUGCUUGUGAAUUCAGGUAAAUAUUGAGGCAAUCCGUACAUAUAUCAAUAAGAGACUGAUCAAUUGCAGUCCUAAACAUCAAUCGGAAGUUUCAAACAAAUAAUACAAAACGAGAAAAGCUCGUUUUAGUGAGAAGAGAUUAUAAAACUAAUAUUAUUUAAAAUGUUUAAAAAAUUACCUGAACUUAAAUUGCGUAUCCGUCCACUAACCCAACAAAUUUGCAUAAAUUCUGCUAAUCGAAUGAUCAUUAGUUCUAAAAAAUCAAUUUGUUUAUCCCCUGACGAUUCAUGUUUCGGUAGCGAACUAAUCAAGUUACACUGUUCAUGAACUUGAGUAAUCAUUGAUUCCAUAUAGUAAAAUUCUUUUGUAUACUCCAUCUUUCGCGAACAUGUAAGAAGCCAAGUUGAAAAUCCAGACUGUCCGGGAACUCCACUGCCAUGACGGUGGGAAGCAAGACUGGCAGGUUCUGACAAACACUUAUGAGUAUGUAGUGAAAUUAAAUAUUAUUUUAUGACAAGAGAAUAAUUUAACUUUGAUGUACAACUAAUCAAAUAAAUAUGAAAAAGAGUUGACCAGCAAAUACAAUACAUUCAUAAGCGAUACUACUAUUGUGAGAAUUAUUGAAAUCUAAAACGAAUGAAUUUCAUGAACAGCAAAUUGAAGGUUUGAAAGCCUAUUAACUCGGAUGAAUCUGCACAAUUUAGAAGAAACCACCUAAUUAUACGAAGUUGUAGUCGUAUUUGAGUAAUAAGAACGUCAGGAGAAUUUUUUUAAACACUAAACGUAUCCCUAUACGUUGAGAAACUGAUGACAUAUUUAGCAAAAAAACAUGAUAGUUUAAUAAAAAGGACAUACUACGAAUCACCAAAUAAGAUAACAAGUUAUCGAUGUUAUUUGGAAGAUCACAAAAUACUUUGAACUGAGUUCCAAGAGUAUAUAUAUAUAUAUAUAUAUAUAUAUAUUCCCAAAAUUGUUCAUAAGAAGUGAAUGAUCCAAGUGCAACUAGAACAAGAUAUUGAUGGACUAAACAAAGAGCCUCAUGUGUCAUAAGAAAAGGUUUUUUUAACUACUUUCUUUAGCUAAGCCAUUCAGGAAACCUGAUGCACAAACACAAAAGGCCUACAACAACGAUCUGCAUUACCGUCCUGAAACUAUCUAAACGAACGCCUCGUCAGUUAAGUUUCAUUAAUUAACGAUGCGAUACGGUAUCCACAGACUAGUUCUAACAAUCAAGUAAUAAUUGAUUGAAGGACGAGUGACCUACAAGCUCAUUUCUCCAAUUGCCUAUGAUAUUUAACCAUGGUUAUAUUGUAUUCAUAUCUUGUGUAAAAGCAUGUUAUUUAAUACAUGAAGAAUCAGUCAUUUGGCUAGUGGUUUUGCCUUUGAUUUCUAAUCAUUCAGGGGGCCUAAGUCAAUUAUACAGUAUCGCGAGUAGCCAUCACUACCACACAAUACCAUUGGGUUCAUCCAACGGUUAUGACAAUUUAAAAUUUCAUAUAAUCAAAUUACAGAAAACAUCCUUCAUAAUACGAUGAUACAGUGUGAGACGCGUUGUUUACAAAAGGUCUUGUUGUCCUUGAGAGCCGAAAAUUAAGUUUCGUGGGAACAGGUUCAAUUAUAUACGAGCUACUUAAAUAUUCUGAAAUGGUGGUUUAAAAAAAGGAAUUCCUGGGAAUAUUGCAUUUUUCACGUUUUGAAUAGCUCACUAAAGACCAUAACCAAUGCAAUGUUGAUAUAAUAAGUACCAGAUAUUAUUUCACAUUAUAUAAGUCUUGUUCAUUUUAUCAGUUUGAAAACCUUAUGAAAUCGAACUAACAGAUAAAUGGCAACGGUACUCGAUUUGAAUUAAGGACUGGACACUAAAUCUAAGAUGCAGGUAUAUUCGGCUAAGAAUUCCUAAAUAAGACAAAACGCGCGUCCUAGAUUCCACUGCUAGCCACAUUUUAUCUGUCCUACAUUAAAUAGCAACAUAUAACCAGUUAUAAUGUAUAACUAGAAAAAAAUUUGAUUUUAAUUUGGUGAAUAAACUACUAGGUAGGAAAAAUACCUGCAGAAGUUCAUAAUGUAGUUCUGAAAUACAGCUGGAUAUCAACUUGCCACUGUCAUCUUGUUUCGAUUUGCAAGAGUAACUGAAAGUGAAUAGGAUAGAUUCAUAGUUAUUAUGACAGGGAGGUGGAGUCAAAGCGUCACAAAAUACACAGAAGCAGUCCCGGUAUAUCAACAUAACGGGGACUUCAAUGUUGAAAGAUUAUUAAGGAACAAAACGUUUUGUCGGUUAUUUCAUGGAACCUAAAACUAAAUUCUGAGGUGCAUUUAAAUUUCCAGUCAACUAACUAGUCACCAGCGGACUAGACAACAAAAACGAAAUCACAAAAUCAAUACGAACCCACCAAAAUAUUUCUGACAUGGAUGAUAAUUUUAAGUGAGUUGUGAUGACUAAAGUGGUGAUCUAUGGAUGAUACGUUGUAAUAGUAAAAAAUGUUUGAUUCAAUACAUAAUUCGUACAGUAUGGAAUAAUCAGCAUAAAAUAUUUCGACAGGGUUCCAUACUUAAAAUCCACUGGAGAAAUAUUUACAUAUGGUUAUAAAAGUCCUUACAACUACAGGUCCAUAUAUUCAUGAACAAAGAUUGCUGGUUAGGUCAACUCUCAUAUUACUUUCAUCGCAAAUUACGCCCAAGAUAAUGUUGCAGAGCUUCUGUAUUCUCCUUCGCUUACAUAAACACUAAUAAAACUUUAGCCACGUUCUGCCAGAGAAUAAUAAAAUGAGAAAUCUGAGUAAAGUUUGUGGCUUUUAUUCGGUCGAAUAGUACUUUCCAGUUAUUUUAAGACUUCCCAUAACCAUACAAAAAUGUAAAAAGAUGCACCACUAAAACUACUGAGAUACAUACAGCGUGAUCGUCAGCAAAGUUAACAAGUGUUUUAGUUGAACACGAAUGAUGAGAGAAAAAAACGUGAACAGUGUCUCGAAGUACACCAGAUUCAGUUAACCAAGAUGUAUUAUGACUUCCUUCAUACAUAUGACUUGGCUCUCUUCCAGUAAAAUAAGAAUAUAGUCUGUUAGUUUUUCAGCUAUCAUUAGCGAAGCCGGUCAACAAGAAACGUCGUCCGAAAAAAAACCGAAGGUGGACGGUCAGUUUUAUAGAACCUAGAACAUAUGAACAUAGGUUUUAGAUAUCAUUACCAUAGUAAGAUUAAAUUGUCGGAGCAAGUCCCAGAGCAGAAGAGGUAGUAAUAGUGGCAAUUUUAACAUUAAGAAUUCAAGAGACCAUUCGAGAAGGCAAUCAAAAAUUGUUAAAUAAUAAAGAAAAAUGUAUGAGGAAUUUCGAAACUAAUAAAUCCAAGAGAAGACAAAUGAUGAAUGCAUCCGUACCUUUACAAACGAUUUUAAAACAUUUUAUUCAGAAUCUCUAACCAUCAAUUACGGAAAUCACUCAGACUCAAAACAGUUGGUCUAGAUUUAACCACGUGGCUUAGGCCAGUAGUCAGUGUCUACAUGGACUGAUGCAUUGUCUUAGUUUGACAGCCCAUAGAUUUAUUCCUACCCAAUCCAUUAUCGCCGCACAUAGACUUAGUCAUAAAAUGGGCAUACGUAAUACAUGUCCUAACUACCUCAGUCGACAAACAUUCAUCACCUCGUCAAUCGAUUUGUAAUCCUUACCGAAUUCCUGUGCGCAUAACCUCGAUAAUCUUAAAAUGCUUCGAAGACAUCUAUGAUCGAAUACUAGUAACAUACGAAUAUAAUACCCUUUACAUUUCAAGGUCUCAUUUCACAGCCAUAAAGCAGAACGGAACGAACUAGCGCUCAUUGUAUUCAUCCUUUAGAUGACUGACGGACUGCCUACUCCACAAGUGACGCAAGUUUGCAAAGGUCAACCGAGCUUUCUGAAUUCUCGCCAAGAUUUAGUCAGACACCAACACAUCGGGACCGAUGAGUUCAACUACAUCAUUCCAAACCAUUAGUUCAGGCGUUGAUGCGGAUCAGUCUUGAAAUAAUUUUGCCCUUAGCGGAAGAAAAAUGCAUCCCAAACGUGUUUGAACUGUUGGUAAAGGAGGUCAGAAAACUCAAUUUUCUCAGCGUCUUCACCAAACAGAACUAUGUUAUCUGUGCAUUCUAACUUAACAAGAAACUUCCUAACAAAUUGGGUCCUGACAGAUUAGACGAUGAGUGUUAAGAUAGUUUUGAAAUUUUGUUCACUGCCAUAAGCUCUUUCAUCAUAUUUGCCUUCGUUGUCCACAACUGCUCAGGAUCAUAGCGUGGAAUUUAAGGCAGUCUACAUUUAAGUUCCCUUUGCUCCUGAUCGUGUUCCCAGACUAAUGGGAUAAGUUUCCAAGCAUCUAUCAUAUAUGUAGACGAUGCUAAAAUCUACUUGUUUUUCCUAAUUUCUCAGUAGUAGUCAUUCGCAUAUAUCCCUGCUCUCUUCAUGACAGUCUAAAUAUCAUCCUAAGCCAUAUUGUGGCGGACAUCACCUCCGUAACUAACUUAUUACUUUUCUGCUUGUUCCUGUAAAAUAUAACUGUCUUUUACAUUAUUAAUUCGAAAUCUGAGUGGGUUUUUUUGUUGCUUUUCUGGGUCUAGUAAGAGCACGUGCUCGUGUUUGUCACAGAGUCUCUAGUUACUGGCCAGAAGGUUAUUUUGCAAAAUUCAAUCAUGUAACCGGCAUCUAUUAACACGAACUGAUAGUGUGUGUUGAUUUAAUCCCUAGAGACCUAAAAAAAACAAGUGUUCUAGCCAGCAAGGUUUAAUCUGGUUGCUACGACAGGUGCGUCCAACCACUACGUUAAGAUAGCAGCCAAAGUUGGGAAUCGGAGCUAGAAGUAUGGUCUGGAAACGUACAUUCAACACACUUAAUAACUUCGACAAUGAACAUUGCACUAUGACGUAAGAUAACAACAUAAAAAGUAUUUCUGAAAUGAUUGUACUUAAACUGACAUGAAUUAUUAUGGUCUUUCCACGAAGGGUGACAAGAAGUAAUGGUAGUUUUUCGAUCGUUUUAAGGAAAUAAACUUCUAAACUUGACAUGUUUAUCAUCAUUCAAGUCCUUUAUUAUUUCAAUGAAUUUAAUUUCCUUCUACAUUUUCUGCAAUAAGGUCAUAGAGAUCUACUCAAUAAAGAUGUUAGUUAUUACACAAUGUAGAACGUUAAUACGCUGCACAAACAAGUUAUGAAUGUCGUUGUGUUCUCACAUUACAGUGAAUUAAGCAACCUGAAACAUUUCAUAACAUUAAUUUCCGUAAAUCAAUCUGUAAAAUUCUGCCUUAAAAAUCAAAGAAAUAGGACACGUCCCAUCACUUCCUCACAUACUGAAGAUUAGUUUAUGGCACAAACGGCUUGGCGGAUUUCACAAUUCUACCAUUUCAUUACGGUAUACUUUUCGAGUAGUUUCCCCAUUCUUGAAAAAUGUUUACAAGAUUAAAGUUCACGAGUAUAUAUUACAAUCAGAUGAUAGGAUUCUCAACUUUCCGGUAAAUUCAAACUUAGAACUGCACCAGAGUUCUUUUUCUUUGCAAUCCAUCUUUUCUCCUUUCAACCUUUUAGUUUACGAGCUAGUGAAGGAGAUCAAAUCUUAUAAAAGUUAUAUCGUAAAGACAAAAGAUAUCAAAGUAGAAAUUAAGUUAACAGGUAAUAAAAAUACUGUGUUUUUCGAUGAAAUAUUUUUGAAGGAAUCUCAGCCGGUGGUGCGAAAAGUAUUUUUCAGAUCUUGAGUGUUAUUGCUUGGGUAUCCCCCAGAUAUGACGUUCCUUGCCUGAUAGAAAAAGGUAUUCUUCCCAUUCUUACCAUAUAAUAUUAGCAGAACACAAGUUAAACAAUGACCAAACGGAGCCCUGAUGAGAGUCUCCUACACUACCUAAUAAAUAAAAAACCAAUUCUAGAAAAGCAUUCAAACGAACUAAGAAUUUGACAAGGUUCUGGUGACUGAAAGAUGCCAGAAGCCUGCAAUUUCACGAAUUGAAAUAGCUACAUACGACAUGUGGAGAACCUCUGAAGACAUUAGCAGCAAAACAAGUGAAUAUUUUCGACGUGGUAGUGAGAGUAAAAUGUGAGUGGUCAUUGAGCAUGGACAAACAGGAAAUUAGCCUACCGAAUAUUAAAUUUGUGAUUUUCUUUCCUCCCAUUGAUUUCUACUCCGGACCCACUGAGUAUGACUGCUAGUAACUGUUUUGAAUAAAGUAUUAUCUAGUUUUAAACGGCUUCUCUACUCAUGGUCGUAAAUUGUGCAUCUGAUAUAACAUGAUCUAGUCCAUGCAUAGCGUAUUUAUCGGGUAUCUAGUCUAGCGGUAGUAUACCCUCGGUCACUAAUCUUAUUAUCGUACUAUUGUAUUAUCGUAGUAUACCGCAGAGAAGGUGAAGAACAUUUUGAACUAUCCGCUAUAUGAAAAGUUUAGUAAAAUGGAAUAGUGCGGAUAAAGUACAAUCACAAGUUACAUACAUGUCGGUAACAAAUAUCAUAUUCAUUCGAAUGUUUUGGGAGAGGUGUCAAAGUAAGACUGUUAACGAUCAAAGUAGACUAUUUGAAUUCAAAUCUAUUCAUACUUAUUAAAAUUAGACUCAAGUUGGUACUUUCUACACAAGACGGUGGUAUCAUCUAAUUUCUCUUAAAUGAUUAUAAUAGUGCCCGAUAUUUCGUCUCUGAGGUAAGAACGGACAAAUUUUAGACCAUUUGGGUAUAAGAAAGCUUUCUGAAAGUUAAAGCAUAUGUAAAAGCUGUUCAAAAAGAUCAUGGGAGAAACUCAUGAACACUACCUCGUAUGACCCACUAGCUACGCAUUUGUGGACGAUUGUAACCAACUCACUAAAAUCUAGUAUCUAAUAAUUACGAUGCAAUCGAAGUGAAAUUUGUUGUGAGCCUUUAUUUACCUGUUAUUCAAAAGAACCAUCUGAAGCCAUAGCUGAUUCAGAACGAAAAUAUAGUUGGUUUGGUAUCCUUUUUAAAGAUUCACUGUAGUUAUUGGUUGGGAAGCGGUGGAAUAGUGUUUGGUUGAGGGGUACAACUUUCAGCCACUAGGCCCUAGAUUUGAACACCGCUCCACCUUUUUCGGUUUGGGCGAUCGGAUAGCAUUACUAGACCAAACACUUAGAGCGGAUCUCGAAAAGUGAGUUAAUUUAUCUAGUUGUUAGUUACAAGAUUUCAGAGGAUAAGAUUAUGUAUCUUAAUGGGAAACAAAAGAAGCACAAUUUUGAUAAAAAUGUUGCAGUACACUACAAAAGGUAAAAUCGAGAAGGCAUGGAAAUAAAAAUAAAUAAAUAUAAUAAUAAAUUACCGCAUUAUAUGUCUUAGUGGUUCAAAAAUAGUCCACCAUAUUAGGCAAAGUGGGGGAGGUGGUUGAAACAUCAAAAUCUGAUCAACAGAAAAGCGGGGAUGGUUGAGAAACUUAUAACGUCUAGCUGCACUUGGCCAAUCUAUACUGGUCCAGCUGCUGAGUGGAUUAGUUCCAGGUUGAUGCUGCUUCGAAAUCCUCGAAAGUCUUAACCAGUUGGAGAUACAUAAAAUAAUCUGCGGAGGAGGAAUUUUGGUUGCUUCGUGCGUUACAGGAAAAUUGCAAACGGAUGAUUCUAAAGCGAAACAUUUUGAGUGAUAGUGUUCAAACUUUUUCACGUACCUUUUAAGGCAAAUAUGUUUUAAUUUCCAUAGCAAAAUACACUAAUUAUUCAUUUAUGUCACAUGACUGGUACUUUUGUAUAUGCUAUCAGUUUAUAUGUCAAUGAGAAGUUUAUGCUUCGUGAAUUUAAUUUAACUUUGGAUUGCAAACAACUAUUAAUGUUUUACUGUAAGACCGUUGUCCUUAGAAAUAUUUACCAUCCACUACAUUCGGGGCUUUAAAUAUUUCCAUUAAAUUUGUCUUAAGUGGUCACUUAAAAAUUACCUGGAAAUCAUAUGAUUCCAGAUAAAUUCAAAUUUAUUAUCUGAACAAUCCUGUAAACUGACGUGUACUCUUUAAUAAUUUUCAAAAAAUAUCCUGAUUCAUGUGUAUUCGACGACAUGGCUCAGCAAAUAGCUCUACAAGGUAUACUGCCGGUACCAAGUCCGAAUAACAGGGGAGGGUUGAGCAUGGAAUUAGUAACCACAUCACGUAGAAAACAAACUUUUUAAAACCACUAACCAGAAAAAACAAUUUAAGCUAUUUAAACCCUGCUCUAGUAGUUGAGGGAUUUUCGUCUAGAAUUAUUAUGACGCCUCAUGGUGAAAGUCGAUAUUCUUCGGAAGUCACCAAGCUAACGUCCUUUCUAACAACCAGAGCAACAAUUAAUAUAGGUACAUGAAAUGUUCAGACAAUGUGGUAGACCGGGAGGACAGUCAAACAGCUGUCUGAAUGAGACACAACUUAGCGGUGCUCAUAUUAAUUGAAACCCAUUGGAAAAAAGCUGAAUAGAAAAAAUUAGCCUCGGUAGAGGUGCUGUUAUACUCUGGUCAUGAAGAAAUGAAUGCUUCGCACACACAAAGAGUUGCUCUAAUGCUGUCCAAAGAAUCACGAAAAACACUUGUUAGAUGGGAAUCUCAUGGAUCCAGAAUCAUCAGCAAAUUCUUCAUAACAAAGGAGGCAAUUACUAAGAGUGUUACCUAAUGCUAUGCACCCACCAAUGAUAGCAACGACGACGAUAAAGAUCAGAUUUAUGAGAUGCUGCAGUCGAUCGUAGAGAAGUACCCAGAAAAAGAUCUGACAAUCCUGAUGAUAGACUUGAAAGCCAAAAUCGGAAUGGACAACACCGGAUAUGAAGAUAUCAUGGGGCGACAUGGACUGGGAGAGAGAGAGAGAAACGAGAACGUUGUGAGAUUUACAAAUCCAUGUGCAUUUAACAAAAUGGUUAUAGGCGGCACAAUCUGCGCCCACAAACGCAUACACAAAGCUACAUGAGUCUCACCGGAUCAUACUACACAGAACCAGAUCGAUUAUAUUUGCAUCAGUAAAAAAGUUCAGAAGGUCAAUGGAAGAUUUGAGAACCAGGAGAGAAACUGGGAUAACUUCAGAUCACCACGUGGUAGUUGCCAAUAUGGAACUGAAGCUAAAGAAGCAAUGGAUGACUGGAGAAACAGCGUUCCUUCGACAUACUGACAAUCUCAACGAAUUCAAGAUAACUCUCAACAACAGGCUCCAAGCCUUACAAGAUCUAUUGAAAGAACGAGAAACUACUAUGGAGGACAACUGGAAAAAGAUCAAAGAAGCACUAACUUCAACGUGAUGGGAGGUUCUGAGCCGCAAGAAGCAUCAUCAUAAGGAAUGGAUUUCUACCGAAGCCUUGAGCAAGAUUCAAAAAAGAGGAAGAAGAAGACAGCAAUUAACAACAGUCGAACAAGAACAGAGAAAGUCAAGGCACGAACUGAAUACAUAGAAGCAAAUAAGGAAGUGAAGAGGAGCAUUAAGGUCGACAAGCGGAAAUACGUGGAAUAUCUAUCAGCGACAGUGGAAAAAGCUGCAAGAGAGGGAAAUAUGAGACAGCUAUAUGAUGCAACGAAGAAACUGGCAGGGAAAUAUAGUAAACCAGAGAGACUAGUCAAGGACAAAGGCAUUCCGACCAUUGAGAUUCAAGAACAAAAGAGCAGAUGGGUAGAGCACUUUGAAGAACUCUUGAAUAGAUCAGCCAAACUGGAUCCACCAGACAUCAAAGCGGUACCUACGGAUCAUCGUUGAACAAUCAAAUGAAUGAAACUCGUCACUAUACACCAACUUCCUUGACUAUGAGAAAGCAUUUGACAGAGUGGAUAGGAGAACAUUAUGGAAACUUCAUCGACACUAUGGUGUACUCGAAAAGAUCGACAAUAUCACCCGGAAUUCAUACGAUUGACUACAGUGCAAAGUGGUGCAUGGAGGACGGUGAGGACCGGAGUCAGACAAGGCUGCUCACUUUUCUUUUUCUUCUGGUGGUUGACUGGGUUAUGAAGACCUCGACAUCUGAGGGGAUGCGCGGAACAAAAUGGACAGCUUGGAUGCAACUGGAUGAUUUGAACUUCGCAGAUGACCUAGCUCUUUUAUUCCAUAUACAAGAACAAAUAUAGAUGAAAACAACUAGUGUAGCAGCAGUCUCUGCAUCACUAGGCCUCAACAUACAUAAGGGAAAAAGCAAGAUCCUGAAAUACAACACGGAGUACAACAAAACAAUCACACUUGAUGGAGAAACUCUGGAAGAGGUGAGAACUUCCACGUACCUGAGAAGCAUCAUCGAUGAACAAGGAGGAUCGAAUGCAGACGUAAAGGCAAGGAUUGGCAAAGCAAGAGCCGCAUUCCUACAAUUGAGGAACACUUAGAACUCGAAACAACUGUCAACCAAUAUCAAAGUGAGAAUCCUCAAGACGAACGUCAAGACAGUUCUACUGUACGAGCUGGAACUUGGAGAACUACUACAAACAUCAUUAAAAAUGUACAAGUAUUUAUAAACAAUUGUUUACGCAAGACACUCAAUGUGCAUUGGUUGGAUGCCAUCAGCAACAGUUUACUGUGUGAAAGAACAAACCAACUUCCAACUGAAGGGGAAAUCAGGAAAAGAUGUUGUAUGUGGAUAGGACAUACAUUAAGUGGACCAUCGAACUGCAUCACGAAAAAGCCCCAACUUGGGAUCCUGAACGGAAACGGAAACGUGUAAGAUUGAAGUACACAUUACGUCGAGAAUUGGAAGCAGACAUUAGAGGAGUGAAUAGCAACUGGAAAGGAUUGAUCAGGACAGAGCUCGAUGGAGAAUGCUGGUGGGAGGCCUAUGCUCCUCCAAGAGUAGUAACAGGAGUAAGUAAGUAGAACUCGAGCACUGAUAUACAAGUAGUAGCCCCCAGUAAUCUUAUGCACACUUCUAGUACACUAUGCAGGGACAGAAACUGCUAAAUGAUGUCCCGACUGACGAAGUCGAAUGUUGCAAUUAGAUGAAAGAGUAUUAUCACAGUCGGCCUUCCUUUUAAAUUCCAGAACCUAAUGAUGCAUAUUUGGCUAAUACAUCAAGAGUUAUGUCUGAGAAAAUCUUUGUUCCUGAGGGUAUUCAAAAGAACUUUCCCAUAUUUCAUAAUAAUUAACAAAUUAUUCUGAAAUUUCACCAUUAUUUAGCUUCAAUGAACUACCACAUCACUAUCUGAUAGUUAAAAAGUGCGAUAAAGCCAUUUAUUACAUUUAGAAAAACAACUUUUCCUGGUUUUUAUUUCAACCAUAUUUUAACGUGUUCCUUUUUAUGAGUUUACGGUAAAUUCUAACUAGGCACACGAAAAAUUAUAUUAAACUUGACUAAUUACAACAGGGUUCCCACGCGAUUUUAGAAUAUUAAAGAUUCCCAUUGUGAAAAUUAGAACAACACAUUUAAGCUAACAAUUGUUUUCAAUUAGAUCGUCAUCAGGCUUUACUCUAAUAUACAUGAAUAUUUAUACGAAAAUUUUAAACCAAUCAAGGCAAUAUGGGUCAAUAAUCAAAAUGAAAUAGAAUUAGUCUCUACACAUAAUAGGUAAAAGUACAAGUUGAUAGUAGGAAGACAGGUGAACUGAUAAUAGUGAGAAUAAUAAAAUACUAUAACAAAACUCUUAGAUAAAUCGAAAUCACUUCAAGUUAUCUAUCGUAUACCUCCAUCAUUUCCCGACGGAGUUCUUUCCCGCCUUCUACAUAUAGCUGAAGCCAUUGGAAUUCGUACAUAUAACCCCAAUUUAUGUGUACAGAAGAAAUACGUAACCCCCCUAUCUCUUCCAUGGCCAGUUAUAACUUAACUAACAAUCUUUUAAAAUUUUAUUAUUAUCAUUAUUUAUUUUAUUCUAUUUGUGUUAUCGUUAACCUUAUUUCCACAUCCAUUAUUUGUUUGUAAUUUUCCGCCUCAUUGUAUUCUUCACUAUCUAAUUAUUUACACACAUCUCAUUACGUAAUGAUUUUAAUGUUUUGUGAUUACUAUUCCUAGUCUAUUUACCCAUGUUUGUUUGACCUUCUAUUUCCAACGUUUAACUAUUGAUAAGAGUUUUGUUAUAGUAUUUUAUUAUUCUCACUAUUAUCAGUUCACCUGUCUUCCUACUAUCAACUUGUACUUUUACCUAUUAUGUGUAGAGACUAAUUCUAUUUCAUUUUGAUUAUUGACCCAUAUUGCCUUGAUUGGUUUAAAAUUUUCGUAUAAAUAUUCAUGUAUAUUAGAGUAAAGCCUGAUGACGAUCUAAUUGAAAACAAUUGUUCGCUUAUAUGUGUUGACUAAUUACGUUGAAAAUAAUCCUACGCAACAGUCUUUGUACCAUCAUGAACAAUAGCCACUAGGAGGUAUACUGCAUAACAACCCUAGCUUGGACGUAUCAGUGACAAAGCUAAAUAAGUCUUCACAAAUCAACAAUAUGAGAAACCGAACGUUAUGAAAAAUAAAGGUAUUAUCUAGAGAAUUACUCUCAUGUAGGCAGUAUACUUCAAGAAACUAAGUUUAUUAACAAUAUAAAGAGAAAACAGUAAACUUAACUUUAAAAGCUUACUUACUUAGGGAAGGAUAGAACCCAUAAACCAAAGUAACUCCAGACAAAAAUGCGUCUGCGAAUACAGGUGAUACUGAUGGGAUAGUGUAUAAUGGGUUGUCUUUGUUUGGAUCUCCACUCUGGAUAAUAUCGUUUUUCGACAAUGUUGGAUUCGAAGUUAAUGGAGAUGCCUGUAUACUGAGCAUAUCGGAUGUAAGCGCUGUAACAAACUCCUCAAUAAUUUCAUACGAAAUGUAAGGUAAAUAAUUAGCUGACUGUAGUGCUGAGGAAGCAUAAAGUUGGCAAACUCGGACCUUAUAAUAAAAAAAAUGUAUUACUCAUCUUUGAGUAUUAGAAAUGUUGGUCAAAUUGGAAAAAAAACAAAGACGAACUAUGGAACAGAUUUAAAUUCUUGUAUAAUCGAUUAAAUGAUAAAAAAUUCAUUUAAACUACUAACUUGACUUUUUAGGUAUACGCAAACCAUACGCAGCAAAAUCAAUUCCUAUAACUGGAAAGGUUGGUCGCAGGUCAAAUAACGUGGACCUUCUACUGCAACUGUGCACAGACCACAACCUGAUUCUGGCUAGCACUAACUUCCGACACAGUCAUAGCCGUUGUGCCACCUGGCGUCCUCCCUCUGCAUCUAAAACCUGGACUCAGAUUGAUCACAUCGCGAUCAGCUACCGUUGACGUGGUUGUGUACAAGACUGCCGCUCCUUUUGGAGUGCCUAUCUGGACUCUGAACAUGCCCUUGUUUGCACUAAUCUCACCUUACGUUGCAUUGGUCAACAAACUCAUCAUCCCGAAUAGAUCGAUGUCAGUAAAUUGGUUGCAGCUUCUGGUGCAACUAAAUAUCAAACCGAGCUGGGUUCAAGGCCAGAUACCAUCUUACCGAAGAGUAUAGAUGAGCAUUGGCUGCAUUUGCAUGGCGCCAUGAAAGUUGAGAGUACAUUUGCUUGCGGUUUCGCGGAACGUCCCGCUUAUAAGCACUUGGUUUCUACAGGCUCCUUACAACUCAUUGGAGCCCGUCGAUCUACUCCGAGUGAUCGUGAGUUUGACCACAAACGAAGACUUUUACUUAACGAAAUUGGGUAAAGCUUACGUAAGGACCGAGAAGCCUGAUGAUCGGAGCGUACCAAUGUGUUGGAAGCAGCAGCUGCAUCUGGUAACUGCCGGAAGUCCUCUCAACUCACCAGUCACUGGCAGCAAGAAGUCUGGUGUGAGAGGAACGAUCUGUGAAGAUAACGGGAUGCCAUUCACUAACAUCUAUCGACAUCUCGGACGAUGGGCAGAGUUUUCUGAGGAGCAGUCCAAACGAUCUGCUGUCCCGGCAACAUCGAUCAGACUGUCCUACACUCCAUGGCCUGUGACGAUUGAUCCACCAAAUGAGGCGGACGUUCACAAGGAACUUCAACUUUUGAAGCGCUACAAAUCUCCGGGCCCAGAUGACUUACCUCCGGCUCUUUUUAAAGAUGGUGGUGACUUUCUGACUAAGGAAUUGACGACGUUGUUUACAAAUGUUUGGGAGUUAGAGAGUGUUUCAACAUCAUGGAAUCAGUCGAUAGUUGUUCUUAUCUUUAAAAAGGGUUUAUAUUGUUAUUGUAACAACAAUCGGGGGAUAAGUCUACUUUCGAUUGAGUCCAAACAAUUGGUUUCUAUCAUACUUCGUAGAUUGUUCAAAACCCGAGAAAAAUGAACUCGCGAGAAGCAGGCUGGGUUUCGUUCUGGUCGAGGAUGUAUUGAUCAUAUCUUCACCCUCCGCCAAAUGUUAGAACAUCGCCAUACUUUUCAAAGGCCAACAAUCGUAGUGUUUAUUGACAUCAGGGCUGCCUUCGAUUCGUUGGACAGGACUGUUCUCUGGGAUUGUCUAUUGAAGAAGGGUGUGCCUGAGAAGUUUAUUACCAUCCUAAAAGCCCUAUAUACAAACACCUCAGGCAGAGUGAGGGCAUACAACCACCUCUCUCCAUUGUUCCAUUCGAGCAGUGGGGUUAGGCAGAGUUGCCCAAUCUCACUAUUCCUCUUCAACUUUGCUAUCGAUGACAUUCUGGAAACAGCUCUGAUGGAUGUAAGUAAUGGCGGUGUGGAUCUGUUGCCUGGAGAAAGACUUCUCGACCUUGAGUAUGCGGAUGAUAUUGUCUUACUGUGCGAUAAUGCCCAAGACAUGCAAUCCGCCUUUAAUCAGUUGGCAAUCAGUGUCCGUAAGUAUGGUAUGUGCUUUGCACCUUCGGAGUGCAAAGUACUUCUACAAGACUGGCAGGAUUCCAAUCCUGUACUCACCCUGGAUGGUGAGCAGAUAGACGUAGUCGAGAAGUUCGUGUAUCUGGGUAGCUGCACAAUUGUUGGUGGUGGCAUGAGUGAUGAGAUCAAUCCACGUAUAGUGAAAGCCAGAGCGGCUUAUGCCAAUCUGGGCCACUAUUGGCGCCUCCGUGAUGUUAGUCUGGCUGUGAAAGGUCGGAUCUACAACGCGUCGGUGAGAGCAGUUUUGCUCUAUGCUUGUGAAACCUGGUCUCUCCAAGUUGAGGGCGUUAGAAGACUCUCUGUGUUCGAUCAUCGCUGUCUCCGAAGGAUUUCUGACAUCCAGUGGCAACACCAUGUCAGUAAUGGAGAGGUUCGGCAUCGUGUGUUCGGGCACAGAGAUGAUAAUUCAAUUGGUGUUAGCAUCUUGAAACACCGACUUCGGUGGCUUGGACAUGUUCUCCGAAUGUCGUCCCAGAGAAUUCCAUGUCGUGCAUUAUUUGCCGACUCUGGGACUGGUUGGAACAAACGAAGAGGUGGUCAGUGUAUGAUACGGUGUCGUGGUACGAAAGAAAGCUGUACAGGACUGGCUUCUGUUGGUCCUUCACGACUCCCUAGUUGGGGUCCUAGAGAUUGAGCAACACAAUGGUUUGAUACGUUAUCAGGCCUGGCUCAGAACAGAAGCCAGUGGUGAUCCUGCUGUAACCUUCUUUUACUUUCUUCAUAAAAAGUGACCGUAACUUUAACUGAAAGAAUUCUUUCUGUUUGUAUCUUUCUGUUUCCCCCAUUAUUAUUAUUGCACUACUAUACACUAAGUUGUGGUCGUUAUUGUUCUUUUUUUCUCGUUUUAUACGCACCCUACAUUAUCUCUUCCCAUUCCGAUUAUUAUUGUGUGCUGCAUAUGUAUCCAGUCCCCCCCCCGUGUACCAAUAUUUAUGUGUUCAAAUAAGUAAAUAACACAUAAACACAUGUUUAACAAUAUAGCCAUAAUAGAUAAAUUAUUCUUAAGUAUGAAGAUAAACUCGAAGAGCUAGAGGAAGAUUCUGACUAAACAUAAUGGUCGCAAUGCGAUACCAGGCGACUGUAGCUCACUUCCCAAUGGGUCAGUCAGUCAAAGCGUACAACUUGUGUGCAUGUACAUGGGUUCAAGUUGCCAAACCCCGUUAGCACAGACAGAUGUUGUCAGGUCAAAUACCAGAAUAGAAGAGGUAGUAAUAGCGUCAAUGGUAAUGGGAAAGGUCAGGCAUCGAAUAUACAAGUCGAAAAAAAAUAAAUUAGCGAAAUAAAAACAAAAAGGCUUAUGAGGUUCGAAUUUCAGGAGUUAGGGGAAGACAAAGAUUGAAUGGAGGUGCGAGAUUGCAAGCGAUUUUGAGUCCUGUCAUUCAGUCUCUAACCACUGGUUACGAUAAUCACACAGACCCCAACCAGGUAGUCUGUACCUAUAAGAAAGGUCAGUCAGUCAGUUACAAAGUAGGACCAGGCACAUCUAUACAUCGGUCCAAGUUGCCAUACCUCAUUAACACAACAAGAUAAACACCAAGUUCGUAGAAGUAGUUAUUUCAAUGGUAGCAGAAAAAAGAUUCAAUAUGUUAGGAUAAGUCAGUUCAAUUGUCAGUGACUUCAUGGACUGACUGAUACAAUAAUGGUGACAAUUAGUAAAGGUGUAUAAAUCUGAAAAAGCCGCAUCAGAUAACGUUUAAAAACGGACAUAUGUUUUACAGAGUGGCAAGGACUUACAGGAACAAAGCAGGAAUGUCUAGUUUGGGAAAAUGCAGUUUAUCGUUAUAAGGUGAGCAUACUGAAUAAAAAUAACACUAUCAAUGAUGAUUUAUCCUUUGCAGACAUGAUUCAUGGUUCCUACUUCUUAGUUCAUGAAGUCAUCCAUCUAUUUUAAAAGAUAGUUUUAAUGUUUAGUAUAACUAACAUUGAUACCCAUUUUAUUCUGAUCCUGUCGGUCAAAAUAUGGAAAUCUAUUUUUGGAUUUAACGGUUUUUGUUUGUACUGCUACUGGGUCAGCCAUGAACAAUUUAGGCUUGAUAAAACUCCUAGAAUUGGUAAGGGUCGAAUUACUUUACGUCCUAUUGCCCAGCCAAGAAUCAGACCAGUCCUGAAGCAACGUUUUAUUCUUAAAUGAAGAGUAAAGCAUCUCAGACAUUUUCUAUCCAAGGCAUUUGUAACACCCUUCGCUUUAUUCUUACCACCAAACAGAACUAUGGUAUCAGGAUACUUCAAGUUGUGUGUGGAAAAUCAACCUCUAAGAAACCAGACGAACGAGUUGUUACUUUUAGGAAUAUACCGAUUCUACAGCUGAGUGAAGUGAUACUAACCUUGAUGAUUAUGACUCGUAAUGUUUCACUUAGAUGCCCUGAUUGGACCCCCGACCGUUGUUGCUACCUUGACGUGGUAGUCGGGCUUGCCUAUCGUGAUGAAGCAACCGAGCUAUACUGGCUGGAACAACCGUUCCUCAAGGUCCUACCAUGUCAGACAAGUCGGUUGAAGAGCGGUAAAACUAAAAGCAACAAACCCAAGGUCCGAAGGCGAAGUCGUACUGCUGACUGUACAGAGGUAUGAUAGCAGUAAGGUGUUUCCUUCAGACAACCAGCAUCACAGCGAUGCUGCCUUCCCACAAGAAGGGGUGGGGUUAGAAAAGGUCCACCCUAAAAAUGCACACCUCACCUUACCUCACGAAUUUCCGUCUCCGGCGGUAAGGCCCUUUGAAGAACGGAGCUAACACGUCAAAAACCUCCCACGAAAAGGCCGUGCGCGAUCGGCCUCAAGCAGUUGUCCCUUGGGCACUGCGGUCACGCUCUCAGGUCACUGAGACAACCUCUAAUCCAAUUUCUUUUUCAGGUACCUCUAGAAGGACCCUCCCACGGUAUCGCCAACCGGGAAGUGCGUAUUUCUAGGAUGGGAAUAGCUCAUAUCUAAAUACUAAUCAGUCAAACUAAUAUAAAGGAAAAAUUAUUAGAAAGAAUGGUUAGGGAUAAUAUGUUUAGUCAAAGAUGGUCAUAGUCUGUUGACUUCGGAGCAAAACGGAUUUCGUAAAAUGCAUUCCUGACUCACUAACUUACUGUUAAAACUGGACAACAGGGUCUACCUAUCAAUGUACUGACGAAUUUCAACGAGUCAUUAGAAAAGGUAUCUCACUCAAGAAGUCUUCCAACUCCAGAACGACAGACACAGUAAACUAUGGAGUCAGAAAUUUUCCUUGCAACCGAAAACAUUGGGUUGAUAGUAAAUAGGAUGCUGGGUUGGAGUGUGUAGAAAGUAAAUUGUAGCUAGGUUUUAUCCCCGUGUCCCCUAUUAUUUAUACUU